GUUACUUGGCCGGCCUCUGAGCUCUAACUUUCAUCCUAGACGUCGCGAACAACACUCUCAGCGCAUUGGCUCCAAUAAGACUUGUGGGGGCGCGUUUCAGGAAUGCCGAGGUUAAACUUCGACAUUGACGAGGCUGCAUUGCUCAAAGCUUACAAAAUCGGCACACUCAACCCCACGCAGUGGGAGGAAGUCGAUCAUGACCUCGAAGACUCGGUGGCUGGUGCCUUGCUUAGUCCCUCGAGCAACAAUGAUGCAGAAGGAGAUCCAUUGGGUAUAGGGAGUGCUGUCAAAGUGAGAGAAAUGGACAUGGAAUCCAAGGCCGCCGUUCUUCUAACAUCCAAGUCGUUCGACCCGAAAGUGUUUCUCUCGGCAGUGCAUCCCAAUGCGACGUAUCAAGAUCUUGCGAGAGGCAUUGCGCACCUCCAGAACUCCAUCGAAGCGCGUUCUGAAGCACUGAGGAUUCUAGUCGAGGACAAUUUUGAUCGUUUUGUGGCUGUAAAGGCGUCAACGGAUGCACUAUAUACAGAAAUGAAGGAAGGGAUUCUAUCGACGGAAACAGAUUACGCCUCAAAGCCUCUGAGAGACCACCUUAAGCAGGCCACUCAGAAAGCUAACCAAGUUUUCCUUCCCGUGUUGGAGAACGCUUCCAAGGCACAGAAGCUCCGGACCACCCUCGGCGUAUUUGAACGCUCAAAGUUUUUCUUUAAUCUCCCAAGCUUCAUCAUCGAGUCGAUCGAAGCGGGACGAUACGAAAUGGCCCUGCGAGAUUACAAGAAAGGAAAAUAUAUGCUGGAGACGCGUCCGGGACAAUUACUCCCCAUUGGCAAUAACAAAGAUGGGCCGGCGACGCUAGCCGCCGAACAGCAGCAAAAGCGGGUCCUUGAUAAGGUGUGGAACAGCGUGGAGAAAGCCAUGGGCGAGAUGCGAAAUGUUCUAGUUUCUCAGCUUCAAGAUCCUGCGCGAAGCGUGGAGGAACAAGAGAAAACGCUUGAGAUUCUAAUGGAACUUCAGCUAAAUGAUGAUCCCGUCUGGCUGUAUUUCGACAGCCAUCAUAAACAGAUAAUGGAUCAAAUGAAUCAGGCAUACCAGGCUGCCGUCCGUUCCAUCGAAGAAGACGAACCCAGACGCCUCGGACUCUGCCGCAUUGACCGCAUCAUUAGCAGCCCAGUUACAGACGGCUGUACUUGGGCUGGAGGCCAAGGAAAGCGAUGCCGCCGUCGGUGCGCAUUUUCUUUCUACUACGGCCGCCGAAGAGAGUCGAGUUCUGACACCGUCCACCCAGCUCAAUCGCCUGGAGAACCAGUCUGGUUGGCCAUCCAUGAUCUGAUCAAGAAUGUAUCGGAGAUUAUGAUGUCUUCUAUUCCAAGUUUUUGGAAGAUCUCGAAAAGUUUCAUGGACGGAAAAUUCAAGAAGCCCACCAACUCUCCUAACGGCACGCGUAGGAGUCCGUCACAAUGCCGCACAAUGACCUUGGACAUCGUGAAGCUUUACAUAUCUCUGAUCUCACAAUUUUUCAACCUUUCGGAUAUGGCCGUCAUGACUUCCCCCAGCGGAUCCAAUAACAACACUCCACUUCCCCUUCUUCCGAAGAAUUCUCAUUCCAUCUCAACGGCCCAUUACCUGAUUAAGAUUCUCGCCGAGGUUCACGAGACCGUCAAUGAAUUGAACGCAAUGGAAAUAUCCAAUGAAGCCGCGUCCGGUCUUAGAAAUCUUUUGGAGAGUGCCAAGUGGAGAUUCGAGGAUGUUCUCAUCGGCUCGUGGUUAAGAGACGCGAGCAUCUUUCACCACGUCGAGGCGUGGAUUGCCGGCCCCUCUGAUUUGUUCGCCACGCAUUAUCUGUCGCAGAUUGAACUCUUCCAGCGACACCUCACCACUGCGGCUUUCAAGAUUGCUGGCGGAGUUGAUAUCUCUGCGACAUCUUUGUCUAAACCUCUGAAACAAAACCCGGUUCCGCAAGCGUUCGUGUCAAAGAUUACCAAGGCGUUCUUGGACGCCCUCUACGCUUUCCUCGAUGGGCUGGUUCUGUUGGCUUCCGACGAAUCGCCAGUUAUCACCGGGAAGCAACCCCCUUUGGCAGUCAUAAAAUCCAACGAACCCAAUACGCUGGAUCUAUUAGAUGUUACCGAUGGGGAUAUCAGGAUGCUACUGGUGAUAUCUAACUUUGGCCAUCUCGCAAACGCCAUCAUUCCCAGCAUGCUCGCACAGUUAGAAGUUGCUUUGAAUGUGUCCAUGAUGGACGACAGACAGACCUUGAUGACUGUUGUGAAAGAGUUGGACAAAACCCUCUUUGAAGGCUACGUAAAACCAAGAGCAAAGAUCGUCACGGACAUUGUCCGUGGCGGAAUUCUCGAUCCCCAGAUGAAUUGGUACGAAACGCCCCACCCGACAGAAAUCCGCCCCUACAUGUAUGAGACCCUGAUGUAUCUGGUUAGCACACAUGCCCAGAUAUGUAGGGUGGCCGAACCCUUGUUGGACAGAGCAUUGAAUGCCCUUGUGGAGGAACUUGCCAACGAGGCUCUUUCAUGUUUCCGUCAAGUGAAACGGUUUGGAAUGGGCGGGAUGUUGAGGGCGACCCUUGAAAUUGAAUUCAUGCAUCAAACAUUGGGGCGAUAUGUCACACCCGCCGCUGCACGAACCCUAUCUGAUCUUUACAAUAAAAUCUCACAAGCGUACGCGCGGCGUCCAGGAGAUGAAAACCUACAGGCCAAUUUGGACGGUGUUAAGAAGACACUUGCUGAAACACGCCGCGCGACCGGGAUCGAGUUUCUAUGCUUUAGGCAAACAAAGUCGAGCACCAGCCGCAGCACGCCCUCAGGUUCUAGACGGGAUAAGGAUGCGGGCCGCAGUAGUAACACUGGAAAGGUGUAGAGUAACGACCGUUUUGGCAAAAGGGCUUUGUAUUGUAACCAGGAUUAUUUAUUAACUUUCAUACCCAUGUAGACAUAAUAGCAAAUCAGACAACUAGUGUCAUAUGGAGGGA